AAAAACCAUCGGUGAGCUAACGACAUAACCAAAAUAUCGCAAAUACCUUUCUCUUGACGGGGGAGUAUGUAUUAUGACUUUCCAGCGUUUCCUUUUGCAAAAUGUUUACUUCACAUGGUGAGGAGAGUGUUUCCCAUGUUGCAUUAGUGGAAGUGUGACAUGCUGGCCUGUCUGCCAGCAUCAUCAGGUGACCCUACAACCCGAUUUCUCUCCCACACGCAGAUGAACACUGGGCUUCAGCAAUGGGACACUACACAGAAGAUGAGAUCUGCCAACUAUCCAACCCCAGCAGAAUUGGAUGCCUUUGCUAAGAAUGUCGCCAACAAGCCUCUGACCAUAAAGAUCUUCCCCAACAGUGUCAAAGUACCUCAGAGAAAGCACAUCCGCCGCACAGUGAACGGGUUGGACACGUCCAGCUCCAGCCAGCGCCACAGCCCCUACCCGUCUCAGGUCAGCGGCACCGGAGCGGGCCUCCUGGCCGUCCUCCGCACUUCGACCGGCAAAAGCGUCCUCAAAGACACAGACGGCAGCCGAGCCCAUCUGCUUCCCAAAGCAGCCAUGAACCUCCAAAGCGGGUCGUACGUCACUCAAAGCUCUUUAAAUCUCCCCGAGCCUGUCCCCCACCUCCAGGGCAUGUCUCAAACCCAACACCAGGCAUUGAAACAGGGCCUCCCCCACCCACAUCCACAGCAUGCUGUACAGCAGCACAACAUGGCUCACCAUUUGACUUCACAGCCACAGAAUAUGCCUCAACCUCACCUUAAAACUUUACAGCAACAGAACAUGGCCCACCCUCAAACUUUACAGCGGCAACAAAGCUUGUCCCAGCUGCAAACUGUACAGCAGCAACAGCAGAAUCUGGCGCACCCGCAGAAUAUCCAGCGGCAGCAAAGUUUACCUCACACGCAGACUUUACGACAGCAAAAUCAGACUCGGCCACAAACCUUACAGCAGCAGCAUCUUCUUCAUCCUCAGAUGCUACAGCACCAGACUCUUCCUCACCAACAAGCUUUAGUACAGCAGGCUGUGGCUCAUCCUCAAGGUCUCCGGCACCUGCCUGACAUAGCCCAGGCCCAGCCUCCACCUAGUCGGCAACAUUCCCAGGGCCUCCAGCACCCCCAGAGCCUGUCACAGCCUCUCCCCCAGGGCCUAAGGCACCAGCCUGAUGUAGCCCAGUCCCAGCCUCCAUCCAGUCUGCAACAUUCCCAGGGCCUCCCCCCAUCUCAGCAGCUCCCCCAGGCCUCCUGUGCCGUCCCUGGCCCUCCCUCUGCUUCCAAUGCCCUGCAGCCCCAGCCAGGCCCCCCCUACGGCCCCAGGAAGCUGCCAGACGCAGACGUCCCGCCAAACGUAACUGUAUCUACCUCCACCAUCCCGCUAUCCAUGGCGGCCGGCCUGCGCCACAACCGGCCGGGCACAGACCUGAGCAGCAUCGUGCACCAGAUCAAUCAGUUCUGCCAGGCUCGGGCCGGAAUGGGUGCCACCUCGGUGUGCGAGGGCCAGAUUGCCAACCCCAGCCCCAUCAGCCGUAACCUUCUCAUCAAUGCCAGCUCCAGGGUCAACACACCCCACAAUCUGGACCUCCUUCCCUCCUGCCUGCUGGGCCCCACAGAGAAGGCCCCUGGAGGGUCCCAGGGCACUGCUGGUGGCCUACAGCCCAACAUGGCUGUCAUGAACAGGAUGCCACCUGCUUUCCACACUGACAUAAAGCAGCAAUUACAGCAGUUACAACAGGUUCACCAGCAGCAACAACAACAUCAGUUACAGCAGCUGCAACAGGUUCAUCAGCAGCAACAGCUACAACAUCAGUUACAGCAGCAACUCCAACAGCAGCAACUCCAACAGCAACGCUCCUGGAACCAGCACCAGCUGGCUCACAUGCAGCACCUGCCCGAGGGAGCCAACCCCAGGAGAGAAAUCCCCUCUGGGCCUGUCUUCCCUGCCAAGACCCUCAACUAUCCCCACGUGCUGCUGGCCUCGCAGCCACAAGCCUUCUACCUUAAACACCCAUCAGACAAGACAACCCCCUCGCCCUCUGUAACCAGCCCACCGGGUGGCACCAUGCCCAGCUACACCAACGGGUGCUACCUGCAGGCUCCAUGGGGCAGUGUCCUACAAGCAGGCAAAAGUGAUGGUCUAGGCCCUCUGGAUUUGGCCUUCCAGGGGGGCCUGUCAGGGGCCUCCAUAGACUGCAGCACACCAGGAUCACAGUACCGACCAGGAGCCAGACCCGGGUUCCCAGGUUCGGGUCAGACCAAGCUGAUGAAGCAGAACGUGUCUGAUUACCUGGCUGGGGAUUUCCAGGCGUUCCAACAUAACCCAGGUGCCAUGGGGAAGAUGCACAGGCCCCCCAUGGGUAGAGCUCCAGCCCAGGGCCCAGAGCUAGGCAAUGGUAGAAAUAUCCCCGCUCACCACCCAGGCUAUCGAUAGAUGGAUAGAUAGCAGUCUUCACCUCACCAGUUGUGUGUCAUGGUUGGUGAAUGAUUCAAGAUUAUAAUCAGGUGUCCACAUGUUGUAGAGUUCUUGCAAGUGAUCAAUUGAAUGUUCUCCCUAGUCGGUUGCUCCUGCUCUCAAUGUUCAAUCGCUGACUUAUGUGUUUUAAAAAUGGGUCCUCAGCCCUUAAAGGUAUCUGUUAAACCUUAGUGCCAGAUGAAGGGUUUUUUGUGAUCUAGGGCUAAGUAGAGAACCUAGUAGGGCUACUUCCUUUCCACAUAAUAAUUACCAUAGUUAUGCCCAGGUUGUCAUGGAACCAACCACGCCCUUUUACAACAUUAGUGGCCUUAAAGCUGCCAAUGCAGCGGCUGAAAAUGGGGUGUUAUUUCCUGGCCUAUGUUUACAUUUGAAUGGGUAUUUUUGUAUGCUAAUAUUAAUCAGGUUUAUGUCUGAGUAUAUUCUUACUUCAAUCUCUCCCCAUAUAGAGUAAGGUACUGCUACAACCAUUUUGUUCUGUCCUCUUGUGUGUGAUAAGACCUUAAGACGGAGUACUUUUGAAGUCGUUUUUAGUUUGUUUUUUAGCCCUACCUUGUUCUGUUACUUAAAUUGUCUCUACUUGAAUUUCUCGAGUGACGUUUUCAGUAUGAGGACUUGGAGAAUCGAAAUGUCAUGCUAAACAUUUACAAAGGGAACAAAACAUCCCUUUGGGAAAAACAUUAAUUGUCUUUUGAAUAAUGUGAACCCGGUAUGAUCUGAUCUUGAAAGGAAUUGUCUGUGUGUGCAUAGACCAAAUUGAUCACUUGCAAGUGUGCAAGUACAACCGAACAUACCAGAGGGUUAAAAUAUUUAUUUGUUUCACCACUAUACUACUGUAAACAAGGGAAUGGAUUCCUUUUGGAUCUUUACCUGUCUGGGGGGGUUCUGGUAAGCUGAGGGGUAUCCUACGAAGCAGGUUUGAAGAGUUAGCGAGGUAACUUUGGUCAACUGAGGCUUAAUGAAAAGUUUGGCAUUCGACUAGCCGUGUGCAACGUGCAGUUACAAGCCUGCUAGAAUUAGUGGCAGGUGUACGAGCAAUAUCCACUGUCGUUGUAAGGCUAAACCCUGAGCUGGAAUGUGACGCUAACAGAAGCUGGUUCGCUUCAGAAAACUGAGUAGAUCCAGCUUGCUUAUUGGGAUACCCCUCUUCCUUCACUUGCUAGCCUAACCCUAACUGUGUAUUGUCUCAGUUUUCCUUUGUAGGUAGUACAGAGGUUCAAUCCAGUUAUUUUAAAUGCAGGUUACCUCCUCAUGCUAGUAGAUGGGUCUAGCCAUAGAAGUAAUGAUAUUUCUAUGGGUCUAGCAUGCUGCGUUUUUCCUCAGUUUAAUUUGGGUAACAGCUUACUCUUUCCUCCUCCCUGAUAACUCUUGGGGGAAAAAGCCUUAAAUGUUAUUAGUUACCCUCUACCUUAAAUGUUGACUUUUUACACCAUGCCGGAUUUCCUCAAACAGUGCAUGGCGUAGCAUCCUAUAUCAAAAAUAGUUAUGAUACUAGCAAUUGUUUCUGCAUAUGUUUUCAUUUAAGGCCACUGUUAAAUUGCUAAGUAAAAGUCCUCCUUUUAAAGGAUAAUAAGUAUGAAUAGUGUUAAGCAGAGUUUUAUAGGUGUGUGGCACUGGGCUGUAACUAUGGUCUUUGGACUAAGUUUCUUUAGUUGUUUCUACAUGACAAAUACCCUACACUAAUUUAGUUCUUAGUUAAUUUAUUUGAACACUGCAUCCUGAAGCCAUAGGUUUUUCCACAUAGGUGCCAUAGGUAACACAUAUGAUCAGACACAAAACAAUGCAAACUGAUGUCUCACAACUAGCUGCAUUCAGUAAGUGAUGGAAAGGUUAAGUCAUAGAGGUGAUUUUAUUUAUAGGGGUUAUGAAGCCUUAAAGGUGCUACACCUUUUUUUCAAAUUUUAUUUUUUUGCUUUGUCAUUUCAGAAAAUUGCCGUAUUUGCAGUACUAGGGGAAUGAUAGUGUUUCACAGUAUUACUUACCUGCACUGUUAUAUACACCUAUUGAUUUCUCCCGCCAGAGCGGCAUUUGUUGUCAAAAUGGGAAAGCUGUUUUGACUGACUGUGUGGAAAUCAGGUCCAGAAGCCAAUGUAAAAAUUGCUCUAAUUUCCUGGUUGCUAAAAUUCUACAUGGUUUGCUCAUUUUCAGUUUGUGAGAAAAACAAAAACAAGCACUGAAUAGUGGAGGGAAUCAUUGUACCAUCUAAAUUGCUGUGAAAUAUCUUUUUAAAUAACAAGUUUUUUUACAGCUGUUUGAGGCUGGUGGACCAAAACCGAAAGUAAAAGGCUCAAUCGUGAGUCUCCAUGUUGCGGGGGAGAUGGUACAUUUGUUUUUGAAUGCAGCCUAGUGCUGUUGCAAUUCUUCUAGCUUCCACAUAGGGGAGACAUUCUGUGUAGCACCUUUAAUGUUAUGGAUUUAGCUUUCUUCCCUGAGGGCAGUAGCUAGAUUAUGUUUGGCUCUUACUACUGUUGUGUUCCUGAUGUGCCUGGCCCUUGAAGCUGCUAUUGAAUUCUAAUCUGAACACACAAUAGUGUGUGUGUUUAGUAAUGAUGUAUGGGUUGUACUAUUGGAAUAAAGGUUCCUAUUUAUAAUGUGUUGUCAUGGAUUUUUGAAAUGUGAGAUUGUAAAUCUGUGUAGUGGAAAUGGACCAGCUGUUGCUGCAGUGAACCAAGCAAUGUACCUGUUAUUCCAUUUGACCUGAUUUACCUGUUCUAUAAUGUUGUACAGCCUGAGAAAGUCAGGUUUACAGUUACACUUUCUAUAUUAAGCCCGGCGGAGACAUUUCAUAUGAAAUAGUGUGUGUGUUUGAGUGGGUGUGUGCGAGAGAAAGGGUGUGAAGCCUAGAUACUUGCGCGCACAUGUGUGUACACUACACAGUGGUGCACUUCUAUCCAUUUUGGGGGGGACCAAGCUUCUAACUGUAACUACUGAUACUGGACAGAAGUCUGCGCUUACGUACCACAAUGAUUCCAAACACUGUUGGGAGUCUGAACGGUUGCUGCUGAAUCACUGACCAAAGUCACCAAGCCUUCCCCUCAUAGUUACAUUCUGUGUCUGAAAUGGCACCCUAUUCACUGCAUAGUGUACGACUUGACCUAUGGUCACAGUCAAAAGUAGUGCACUAUUUCGAAAGUAGUGUGCCAUUUUGGAUGCUAACAUUCUUUAGCCAUGUUGGUUUGUAUUAGUUUUAAAGAAUCAUGCUAUUUUAAGGUGGUGACCAGUGGUCUGCUGCCCUCUAGACAGUUGUAGGAACAUGUAUUAAUGGUGCUGGUGAGUGGUUUUGCACCACAUAAGUGGAAAUAUGACAUGAAUGGCAGUGGUUGUGUUAUUCCAGUUUACCUAUCCUUGAACUAUGCUUUGCACAAACAUUCCCCCAUAACCAAAAUAAAGUUUGUGUUUGCAAAACUGA